GUUCCAGCAACGCCAGCACGAACGCAUUUUCCGGGGCAGUUGACGCGUGUUAUAUUGUCUUGUCCGUCUGAACGCUUAUUUUUGAAUAGGACCCGAGCUCCUCUGUUUUCUGUUUCCCCGGCCUCAGCGUUAACGGUGUCCCUCUUCUCACAUGUGGACGGGACGGCUUUUCUCUGGUGGAGUAGUGGAGUUUUUGUCUGCCACGCAGGUUCACAAGACACACAGUGCUGGCUUUGUUACGGUGUUCUCUUUCAGCAGUGUCGGUGGAAACAACCAUGUUUUGCUUCGUAAAUCCCAAAACAGCCAGACAUUCGGAGAAAGUCACAACUGUGCACUGGACGCCAUGAAUUAACAGCAGACGUACACAAGAUCGGCGGCAGAGAUGCAAACAGGACGAAACUUCACAGUUCUUGCCAGCACUUGCCUUUCCCGUCAGUGGAGGCAAAUGGACAUCGCCAUACAUUGCCUUUCCUCUGCUGUCUUCGACUGUAUCUAUUCCUUGAUCAGACUUCAGGCGUGUCCAACGGUAUCUCUACUCUGGGUAAAGUCCAACCCCCUCUUCUGAUCCGGUCCGCACCGCCGCGAGGUCCUUUUUGUUUAUGAAAGCCAUUUCCUGGCAGCCUUCCUAGGCUCUUUCGUCGAGAGCACUGUCUUCUUUCACGUGCACCCACGUUCCUCGACACCGCACUGCCUUCUGUUUCUGCGAGCAAUCAAUUCCUGUAGCUCAUGUGUUGGCGGUUACUCUUUCAAAUCUCUUUGUAGCGUAAACCGUGAGAAUGGACGCUCUCACCUCCAAAGGUCGACUCCUUCCUCGCCUUGUCUCCAUGUCCCCCUACCGUCGCUUCCUGAGCCGCUGAGUGCCCCCCCGCUCUCCGAUUCGUUUAUCCGUCUGUAUUCCUCCGUCUUUCCUCUCUUUUAACUCUUUUCUCUGUGUCUGGCUGCUACAGGGGUGGUUCUACUUUGUUCCUGUUUUCUGAAUCUCCAGUUUUCCGCCUUCUUCUGCGAGUACUCGCUUCACCACCCACUUUUUUUCCUGUGUUUGGGAUGCUCUUUUUCCUCCAUGUUCUCCGCACUGGUGCCUUGUGUCUGCCUCUCCGUUUGAAGAGCUCAACCUUCUGAAGCCAUCUCAGCAUGCUUCGCAUGUCUAACGCUACUUUUUUCCCGCCUGCUGCGUUCGCGCCUGGCGCCUUCCCGGCCUCUUCAAGCAUCUUGCGUUUCGUCACAGACUCCGCCAUCUUCGCUCCGUCUCGCAGCCGUCUCUCAGUCUCCGCCUCGCUUUCGUCAAGACUCCUAACAUGAAGAACGGAAUGGAAGGCGGCCGAUUCACGGCUCUCGGGCACUCGAGGGGUCUCUCCUCGGCGGCUUCCGGUCACGGCUCUGCCAGCAGCACCGCCGCCAGUGUUCACGGAGACCAUCCUUCGCACUUUUCUAGUCUCGCGUCUGUGCAGACGUCAGGCCCCCUUUCGUCUCUUCCCUCUCGAAGUGAAGGCGCGAGAGCUCUCCCGACGAGGACGACGAGCCUCAGCGGCAAAUCGGAUAGACUCCACCGGCUGGAGCAAAGGCUCUCGGGUCUGCACGCAGGACUGGAGAAACAGAGGCAGCAGCGCUACCAGCACCUCAUUGAAAAACUGCAGCACGUGGAAGAAGAUGUUGCAGACGUCAGCGCUGCAGGCAACGAAGCUCAGUCCGUCUUCCGAGAGGAGCUGAGAAAAAUCGAAGCAGACUUGCGCGAGCGUCAGAGCGAACUCGAAACUGACUUGGCCCGCCGAGAGCAGCAGACUCAGGAGAUGGAGAGAAGACUGACGCGCAUGCUGCAGACGGAGCAGGAGGCUUUACGAGAAGUUGAAACCUCCUUGAUGAAUGCGUUUACAGAGAAGACAAAGGCUCUAAGAGAGGAAAUUCUUCAGAGCGGCCAGCUGCGGGAGGAGCAGGAGGCGUCGCUCCGACACUACUGCGAAGUCGAAAUUCCCCGCCUCCGCGACGGCCUUCAGCAGGAAGUGCGGGAAAGGGAAAACAUGGAGAGAAGAAUUCUCAAGCAUGCAGCGGAGGAGGUUGAGCGACUCAAUGGGCAGCUUGCCGCGGAGAGAGAAGCUCGUGAACGGCAUCUGCAGUCUCUGCUGUCUCUGUUCGAAGAGGUCGUCCGCGAGGUGCAACGCGAUAUCGCCCGGGAAAAGGAGGACCGAGAGAAAAUGCAGGAAGAUCUGGUCCACCUCAUGGAGCAAACAAUUGACCGCAUCACAACAUCUAUAUGAUUCUUGUCUCCCAGAAACACUCUACCUAGAGACCUCGCGAGUGAUCGCCUCUGCACCUGUCGGGAUCUCAAUCUAAAUCCUCACGUGCCUCAGUCACAAACGCGCAUAGGGAUGUAGAUAUACACGUUUCUAUUUCCAGCUGUGUAUCUGCGCACAACGCAUGUGAGAUAAAUGCCCAUAACUAUUUAUCAACAUGAACGCAACGACGCACUGCUCCGUGACGCGGAAGGUGCAAUCGAUAUUGCAAUCGGCAUAGGGUCAUGGAGUUCACCCAAACACAGUGUCAGUUGCCGUUCUCCAAAAAAAGAAAUUCCGGUUUACCGGAAUUCGCAAACGGAGCGGAGACAAACUUCGCUGGAAUGGUUCCACGAAAAUGCCGAAGAAAUCCUGGAUCAGUGUGUUAUUUUUGUUCGCGGGGGCCCAGUUGUGUUUCCACUCCGGAAUGUCUUCUGUGGGUGUCUUCUCGAAAACCGGAACCCUCCAGCACGAGUGGGUGCAAUCUCGCGUCUUUUCUCUGUUCGUUUCAUUUGUGUCUUGUCAAG